CCGCACAGCUGCAAUCAUGAUUCGUUCAUGCCUCCUUCUUGCUCUGACUACCAGCACGUUUGCCGACUACCUCAACAACGCCUAUGGAUACCAGCACGGUGUUCCCUAUUCUGGCCUAGUGGGCCAUCCCUAUGCCCCGGAUCAAUAUGCUGUCGCUUCCCCAGCUCUGACACGUUCUUUUGCAACAAACUACCACGGUACUCCGGCGUUUACCGCCUUCGCAGCUCCAGUCGCUAAUGUAGCUACCUACACCAAUGCCCCAGUCGCUAAGGUUGCGACAUAUGCUACAGCUCCCGUCGUCGGAGUUCCCACACAUGGCGGCUUCCUAAACAACGCUUAUGGCUACCGCCAUGGACUUUCCUACUCGGGUCUGACGGGCUAUCGCUAUGCCCCCGCUGGAUACGCUGUUGCUGCUCCAGCUGUCUCUCGUUCGUACGCCACGACCUUCCACGCCGCUCCAGUCGCCAAGGUCGCCACUUUCGCACCCCCCGCCGUCGCCAGGUUUGGCACCUACGCCGCAGCUCCAGUCGCUAAGGUGGCCACCUUCGCCACCGCCCCAGUUGCUAAGGUUGCCACCUAUGCCACCUCCCCAGUCGUUGGAGUUCCCGCAUAUGGAGGCUUCCUAAACAACGCUUAUGGCCACCACCAUGGACUCUCCUACUCGGGUUUGAUGGGCUAUCGCUAUGCCCCCGCUGGAUACGCUGUUGCUGCUCCAGCUGUCUCUCGUUCCUACGCCACGACCUUCCACGCCGCUCCAGUAGCCAAGGUCGCCACUUUCGCAGCCCCCGCAGUCGCCAGGUUUGGCACCUACGCCGCAGCUCCAGUCGCUAAGGUGGCCACCUUCGCCACCGCCCCAGUUGCUAAAGUUGCCACCUAUGCCACCUCCCCAGUCGCUGGAUACGCUGUCGCUGCUCCAGCUGUCUCUCGUUCCUACGCCACGACCUUCCACGCCGCUCCAGUAGCCAAGGUCGCCACUUUCGCAGCCCCCGCAGUCGCCAGGUUUGGCACCUACGCCGCAGCUCCAGUCGCUAAGGUGGCCACCUUCGCCACCGCCCCAGUUGCUAAGGUUGCCACCUAUGCCUCCUCCCCAGUCGUUGGAGUUCCCGCAUAUGGAGGCUUCCUAAACAACGCUUAUGGCCACCACCAUGGACUCUCCUACUCGGGUUUGAUGGGCUAUCGCUAUGCCCCCGCUGGAUACGCUGUCGCUGCUCCAGCUGUCUCUCGUUCCUACGCCACGACCUUCCACGCCGCUCCAGUCGCCAAGGUCGCCACUUUCGCAGCCCCCGCCGUCGCCAGGUUUGGCACCUACGCCGCAGCUCCAGUCGCUAAGGUGGCCACCUUCGCCGCCGCCCCAGUUGCUAAGGUUGCCACCUAUGCCACCUCCCCAGUCGUUGGAGUUCCCGCAUAUGGAGGCUUCCUAAACAACGCUUAUGGCCAACACCAUGGACUCUCCUACUCGGGUUUGAUGGGCUAUCGCUAUGCCCCCGCUGGAUACGCUGUUGCUGCUCCAGCUGUCUCUCGUUCCUACGCCACGACCUUCCAUGCCGCUCCAGUCGCCAAGGUCGCCACUUUCGCAGCCCCCGCCGUCGCCAGGUUUGGCACCUACGCCACAGCUCCAGUCGCUAAGGUGGCCACCUUCGCCACUGCCCCAGUUGCUAAGGUUGCCACCUAUGCCACCUCCCCAGUCGUCGGAGUUCCCGCAUAUGGAGGCUUCCUAAACAACGCUUAUGGCCACCACCAUGGACUCUCCUACUCGGGUUUGAUGGGCUAUCGCUAUGCCCCCGCUGGAUACGCUGUUGCUGCUCCAGCUGUCUCUCGUUCCUACGCCACGACCUUCCACGCCGCUCCAGUCGCCAAGGUCGCCACUUUCGCAGCCCCCGCCGUCGCCAGCUUUGGCACCUACGCCGCAGCUCCAGUCGCUAAGGUGGCCACCUACGCCACCGCCCCAGUUGCUAAGGUUGCCACCUAUGCCACCUCUCCAGUCGUUGGAGUUCCCGCAUAUGGGGGCUUCCUAAGCAACGCUUAUGGCCACCACCAUGGACUCUCCUACUCGGGUUUGAUGGGCUAUCGCUAUGCCCCCGCUGGAUACGCUGUUGCUGCUCCAGCUGUCUCCCGUUCCUACGCCACGACCUUCCACGCCGCUCCAGUCGCCAAGGUCGCCACUUUCGCAGCCCCCGCCGUCGCCAGGUUCGGCACCUACGCCGCAGCUCCAGUCGCUAAGGUGGCCACCUUCGCCACCGCCCCAGUUGCUAAGGUUGCCACCUAUGCCGCCUCCCCAGUCGUCGGAGUUCCCGCAUAUGGAGGUUUCCUAAACAACGCUUAUGGCUACCGCCAUGGACUUUCUUACUCGGGUCUGAUGGGCUAUCGCUAUGCCCCCGCUGGAUACGCUGUCGCUGCUCCAGCUGUCUCUCGUUCCUACGCCACGACCUUCCACGCCGCUCCAGUCGCCAAGGUCGCCACUUUCGCAGCCCCCGCCGUCGCCAGGUUCGGCACCUACGCCGCAGCUCCAGUCGCUAAGGUGGCCACCUACGCCACCGCCCCAGUUGCUAAGGUUGCCACCUAUGCCACCUCUCCAGUCGUUGGAGUUCCCGCAUAUGGGGGCUUCCUAAGCAACGCUUAUGGCCACCACCAUGGACUCUCCUACUCGGGUUUGAUGGGCUAUCGCUAUGCCCCCGCUGGAUACGCUGUUGCUGCUCCAGCUGUCUCUCGUUCCUACGCCACGACCUUCCACGCCGCUCCAGUCGCCAAGGUCGCCACUUUCGCAGCCCCCGCCGUCGCCAGGUUCGGCACCUACGCCGCAGCUCCAGUCGCUAAGGUGGCCACCUUCGCCACCGCCCCAGUUGCUAAGGUUGCCACCUAUGCCGCCUCCCCAGUCGUCGGAGUUCCCGCAUAUGGAGGUUUCCUAAGCAACGCUUAUGGCUACCGCCAUGGACUUUCUUACUCGGGUCUGAUGGGCUAUCGUUAUGCCCCCGCUGGAUACGCUGUUGCUGCUCCAGCUGUCUCUCGUUCCUACUCCACGACCAUCCACGCCGCUCCAGUCGCCAAGGUCGCCACUUUCGCAGCACCUGCGGUCGCCAGGUUUGGCACCUACGCCGCAGCUCCAGUCGCUAAGGUGGCCACCUUCGCCACCGCCCCAGUUGCUAAGGUUGCCACCUAUGCCGCCUCCCCAGUCAUCGGAGUUCCCGCAUAUGGAGGUUUCCUAAACAACGCUUAUGGCUACCGCCAUGGACUUUCCUACUCAGGCCUGAUGGGCUAUCGCUAUGCCCCCGCUGGAUACGCUGUUGCUGCUCCAGCUGUUUCUCGUGCCUUCUCCACGACCUACCACGCCGCUCCAGCUGUCACCGCCUACGCCGCUCCAGUCGCUAAGGUUGCCACCUAUGCAGCUGCUCCUGUUGCCCGAGUUGCCUCCUACCACACGGUUCCUGCUGUGGCCGCGUAUGGUGCUCCUGCUGUGACCAAUUUCGCAUCAUAUCAGGCAGCUCCUGCUGUCACCUCCUAUGCCACUGCUCCUGCUGUGGCGAGGGUGGCCGCUUACCACGCGGCUCCAGUAGUCAGCAAGCUCGGCGUCUACCAAAUUUCCCCAGCCGUUACCGCAGUCGCCCAUGGGCCUGCCUACGGCUACGGCUAUGGCAUCGGUCGAUAUGGCUAUGGCCACGGGCUCGCAAGUUACGGCUUGAACUACGGAUAUGGCCUUGGCAGUUCCGGUGACUACACUGCUCUCCUCCACAAGAAGAAAUAAAGAAACGGAUGAACAUUCAUCUAGAGACAUGCUAAUUUAUCCACCUUUCUGUAAAUUCAACAUGUGAAGAAUAAAGCCAAUUAA